AUGUUGGCAUCUGCCUCCCCGCACCCCCGCCGGCUCGCCGAGCCUCGGAGCGCCUUCUCGCUUCUGUGGGUCCUGGUGCUCGUCUUUGCGAUGCUCCGCGCAGGUCUUGUCGGGUUUGGUGGAUUGGCGCUCGUGGCGGGCAGAAGCGUCGGGACUGCCGGCGGCGAGGCGGCGGGUGCGCCGACCGCUGGAGUCCAAACGAUUCGGGGAGGUGACAUCAGCAGCAGGCACGCGCUCAUCGCCCUCUCCGGAGUCUGCGUUGCGUCGCUGGCCGCAGCUGUGGUCUCAAGGGUCUCCAGGAUUCCCGCGCAGGCUGUGGGCGUGCCCAGGCCUCUUCACGAGUCUCUGGACAGAGCAGGGUUUUGGAACCAGAAGGAUGCCGUCAGCAAGGCCGCCGCAGAAGCGCUGGAGAUCGAGCGCAGUGUCAACCUUGACAUCUUUGGGCUGCUGUUUGACCGCCCGUGGACUCGCACGCCCGUGUGUCCGCGCACGCUGCCGACCCUUGCGCCCAACAGUACCUGGUUGUGCGGCCAGGUGUUCCCGCUGGGGGAGACGCGGGUUGAUAACAUUGAGUAA